AUGGUUGCAUCUAGUUCCCAAUCUACAUCAACUGUUGUUUCUACAUUAGUAGCGAAUCUUUUAUUAUUUGCAACUUUUAUAUCAUGUUUCUUGAUAUUAAGAUUAAAAUUUAAAAGAAUUUAUAGUCCAAAAUCUUCUUUUAAUUUAGUUCCUGAAGAUCAAAAACCAGAACCAUUACCAAAAGAUCCAAUACGAUGGAUUUUUAUAUUAUUAUCAAAACCUCAAUCAUUUAUAUUACAACAAGCAGGAUUAGAUGGUUAUUUUUAUUUAAGAUAUUUAAAAAUAUUUGCAUUUUUAUUUUUAUUUGGUUUAUUAAUUUGGAUUAUUUUAUUACCUAUAAAUGCAACUAAUGGGAAAGGUUUAACAGGAUUUGAUCAAUUAUCUAUUGCAAAUGUUGAUUAUCAUGGAAGAUAUUAUGCUCAUGUUUUUAUUGGAUGGGUAUGGUAUGGAGCUAUAAUGUUUGUUAUAUAUAGAGAAUUAUUUUUUUAUAAUUCUUUAAAAAAUGUUGUUUUAUCAUCACCAAAAUAUGCAAAAAAAUUAUCAUCAAGAACUGUUUUAUUUCAAGGAGUACCUGAUGUUUUAUUAGAUGAAAAACAAAUUUAUAAAAUUUUUAAUGGAGUCAAAAGAAUUUAUGUUGCAAGAACUUCAAGAACUUUAGAACAUAAAGUUAAUAAAAGAGCAGCAAUUGUCAAUAAAUUAGAAAUUGCUGAAAAUAAAAUUUUAAAAUUAGCUGUUAAAAAUAAAAUGAAAGCUGAUAAAAAGGGGAAAAAAUUAGAACCCAUUGAUGAGAUAAGUGCAUAUGUUCCAGAAAAGAAAAGACCAAGAACAAGAACUGGAGGAAUUUUUUCUAAAAAAACGGAUACUAUAAGAUAUUGUCAAGAACAAAUACCCAUUUUAAAUGAAGAAGUUAAACAAUUACAAAGAAAAUUUAGACAUCAAAUACCUUCUAAUUCAUUAUUUGUUGAAUUUGAAAAUCAAUAUUAUGCUCAAAUGGCUUAUCAAACAACAAUACAUCAUAAUCCAAUGAGAAUGUCACCUGCUUAUAUUGGAAUUGAACCAGCUGAUAUUAAUUGGAUAAAUUUAAGAAUGUUUUGGUGGGAAAGAAUUACAAGAAGAUCAUUAGCAUUUUCUGCUAUUGUAGCAUUAAUUUUAUUUUGGGCUAUACCUGUUGCAUUUGUAGGUGUUAUUUCAAAUUUUACAUAUUUAACUAAUAAAUUACCUUGGUUAAGAUGGAUUGAAAGAAUGCCAAGUCAAAUCUUGGGUAUUGUUACUGGUAUUUUACCAACUGCAAUGUUAUCUAUUUUAAUGCUUUUAUUACCAAUGUUUAUAAGAGCAAUGGCUAAAAUUGCAGGAGCAAUAUCUUAUCAAAGUGUUGAAAUUUAUACUCAAAAUGCUUAUUUUGGAUUUUUAAUGGUUAACGGUUUUUUAGUUACUGCUUUAGCUUCUUCUGCAACUGCUACUGUUACACAAAUUGUUGCUGAACCUACAUCAGCUAUGACUAUUUUAGCUGAAAAAUUACCAUUAUCAUCAAAUUUUUAUAUUUCAUAUUUAGUAUUACAAGGUUUAGCAAUUGCAGGUGGUUCAUUAUUUCAAGUUGUUGGAUUAUUUUUAUAUUAUAUUUUGGGAUAUUUAUUAGAUAAUACUGUUAGAAAGAAAUGGAAUAGAUUUAGUGGAUUAGGAACUAUGGCUUAUGGUACUACUUUCCCCAUUGCUACUCAAUUAGCAUGUAUUACAUUAGCUUAUUCAGUUAUUUCACCAUUAAUUAUAGCAUUUGCAUGUAUUGGAUUCUUUUUAUUAUAUAUUACAUAUUGUCAUAAUUUACUUUAUGUAUUUGCAGAAUGUCCAGAUACAAGAGGUCAACAUUUUCCAAUAGCAUUAUUUCAAACAUUUACUGGUAUAUAUAUUGGACAAGUUUGUAUGUUGGGUAUAUUUGCAGUUGGAAAAGGAUGGGGACCAAUUGUAUUACAAGUUAUUGGAUUAGUUGCAACUGUUUUCAUUCAUGUACAUCUUGCUCAAGCUUUUGAUCAUCUAUUAAAAGUUGUUCCAUUAGAUUGUAUGAGAGCUUUAGAUGGUAUUUCAAAUACUCCUUCAUAUAAUGGACCAUCUGAAUUUCAAUAUAAAAUAUUGGACAAGAAAAGACAUCAUCAUGAUCCAAAAUAUGAAGCAAAAUAUCAACAAGAACAAAUUAAUGAAGAAAAGAUUAAAGAAGAUCUUGAAAAGGAAGUCACACAGCAAGAUCAUGAAGCAGAUUUUGGAACAGAUUUAUCAAAAAUAUCAGUUGUUCCAUUGUUAGCUGAUCGUGAUCAUAAAUUAACAAAUCUGAAGAAUCCAAUAGUAAGAUUUUUAAGACCAGAUGUUUUUUAUAAUUAUAGACAUGUUAAAAGUUUAUUACCUGCAACUUUUAAUAUUGAACCACCAAUUGAAGAUGAUAAACAUGCUUAUGAUGCUCCUGCAAUUUCAGCCAAAUGUCCUGGGGUUUGGAUUCCUAAGGAUCCAAUGAAUUUAGCUUCAAUUGAAAUUGAAAAAUUAUCUCCAGUUGUUAAUAUUAGUGAUGAAAAUGCUGGAUUUAAUGAAAAAGGUAAAAUUGUGUUUUUUGGUAAACCACCAAAUUAA